CACUAACUGUUCUCACAGAGACAGACGGCCAUCUUCUCCUUUCUUACACGAGUCGGCUGCACGUUGGGAGUGAAACUCAGAAUGGCUGAUUAUUCGAACGUAGCUCCCCCAUCUUCGGGCUCAGGCGGCGGGAUGAAUGACGCGUUUAAAGACGCCCUCCAAAGGGCAAGACAGAUUGCUGCUAAAAUAGGUGGGGAUGGGGCUGGGGCUGGUGCUCCUCCAGCCAGUACAAAUGACUUUGGAUACGGAGGUCAGAAGAGGCCUUUGGAAGAUGCAGAUGACUCUUGGACAAGUCUGAGCAGUAGAACACACUGGGAGGGAAUGUCCUCUCCUUUCAAAGAUCAACCAGACUCCAAGAAGGUUGCCUCCCAGAAUGAUCCAUUUGGCUCACCAAUGGGAGGAAUGGGUGCAUCUCAGAGGUCGGUCGUUACAGAAGAGUUCAAAGUUCCAGAUGGAAUGGUCGGAUUUAUAAUUGGCAGAGGUGGUGAACAAAUAUCUCGCAUGCAGCAGGAGUCUGGAUGCAAAAUACAGAUUGCCCCAGAUAGUGGUGGUCUUCCCGACAGAUCAGUCAUGUUAACAGGUUCUCCCGAUUCGAUUCAGUCUGCAAAAAGCCUAUUGAGUGAAAUUGUAGAGAAGGGGCGACCUGGACCUGUCUUCCACCAUUCAGAUGGACCAGGAAUGUCGGUUCAAGAAAUUCUGGUUCCAGCCAGUAAAGCUGGCUUGGUAAUCGGAAAGGGUGGAGAAACAAUAAAGCAAUUGCAGGAACGUGCUGGAGUGAAAAUGGUGAUGAUUCAGGAAGGACCACAAAACACAGGAGCAGAUAAGCCACUCAGAAUUACAGGAGAGCCAUUUAAGGUUCAGCAAGCUAAAGAUAUGGUGAUGGAACUUAUCAGAGAUCAAGGGGGAUUUAGAGAACAACGUAAUGAGUAUGGAUCCCGAAUGGGUGGAAAUGACUGUGGCUUAGAUGUAAGUGAGACACAGGUCCCUGUGCCACGGUUUGCAGUUGGUAUUGUAAUAGGCAGGAAUGGGGAAAUGAUUAAGAAGAUUCAGAAUGAUACUGGUGUCAGGAUUCAGUUUAAACCAGAUGAUGGAACCACACCAGAGAGAAUAGCUCAGAUAAUGGGACCCCCAGACAGAUCCCAGCAUGCUGCAGAAAUCAUCAGCGACCUCCUGAGAAGUGUACAGACUGGUGGACCUCCUGGACCAGGGGGCCGGGGAAGAGGAAGGGGCCAAGGCAACUGGAACAUGGGUCCCCCAGGUGGACUUCAGGAGUUCAGUUUUACAGUUCCCACUAUGAAGACAGGGCUAAUCAUUGGAAAAGGUGGUGAAACUAUAAAAAGUAUAAGCCAGCAGUCUGGUGCAAGGAUAGAGCUACAAAGAAAUACUCCUCCCAAUGCGGAUCCCAGUCUCAAAAUGUUCACAAUCCGUGGAUCACAUCAACAAAUUGACUAUGCCAGACAGCUUGUUGAAGAAAAGAUUGGAGGUCCGGUGAGUCCAUUAGGGGGUCCUCAUGGCCCACCAGGACCUCAUGGAGGUCCAGCCCCACAUGGUCCCCAAGGACCUCCGGGGCCACCAGCACAAAUGGGACCUUACAACCCUGGACCUUACAACCAGGGACCUCAAGGACCUCAUGGUCCUCCAGCACCAUAUCAACCACAAGGAUGGGGUAAUGGUUUUCCACAUUGGCAACAACAAGGACAGCAAGACCCAGGUAAAGCAGCAGCAGAUGCUAAUGCAGCAGCAUGGGCAGCUUACUAUUCUCAGUAUCAGCAGCAACCACAAGCACCAAUAGCAACUUCAAAUGCUGCUCCAGGUUCAGGCCAGACAAAUGGACAAGGUGACCAGCAGAAUCCAGGUCAGAGUGGACAGGCAGAUUACACGAAGGCCUGGGAGGAAUAUUACAAGAAAUUGGGCCAACAGGGGCAACAGCCACAGGAUUACACAAAGGCAUGGGAGGAGUACUAUAAAAAGCAAGGUCAGCCAGCUCCAGCUAGUGCUACCCCAGCAGCUGGCCAACCAGACUACAGUGCUGCAUGGGCAGAGUACUACAGGCAACAGGCAGCAUAUUACGGGCAGGGAAGCCCGCAGGCAGUGCCUCCACAUCCACCAGCACCACAAGCACAGCAGGGCCAGUAAUGUGAAGUGGACAUAGAGUAUAUGCUUCAUUGUCGAAAAAAACCUUUGUUAAAUGUUUGGAUGCAGACGCCUUGAUGAAGAUCUUAAUUUCUUUGGUUUAAAAACCGUUUAAAUAAUAAUAAUAAUAAAAAAAAAUGUUUAGAAUAACCAUAACGGAGGCGAUUCUUGUAUUAAGUGAAUGGUUUGUUUUUAGUAUGUGGUUAGAUUUGGACAUUCCAGCACCUGUAUUUCAACUUAUGUGGUCUAUGCUUCUGUUUAUAAACUGUAGUAAUUUCCAUGUAUAUCAUCUCAGUUUUAAAAGUGGCUGUUUUGUGUUUUGCAAUAAAACAAAAUGAAACCUCCUGUGUUGGUAAGUUGGGUGGAAAUACAUGGGUAAUUCUGAAUCAUGCAAGUUACUUUGUGAAAACAAUAGCGUACGCACUGAAGCUUUAUAUAAACUCUCCUAGCCUUUUUUUUUUUUUUAACUUGAAUUAAGUGAAAGUAGCUGGUGUUCUUUGACCCUCUUUAGCAAUGGUAAAUGCUCAGUAAGUUUUUAAUUUUGCAGUUGUCUAAAAAUGUGAAUCUGCAUUUUUUUUUGUUAAUGAGAAUAUUGCUUGUCUUGCAAAUAAGUGAAGUCCUCGUAUUGCGUUUAUUUUUAUUUUGGUGAUAUUUUUUUUUUUAGAUCACUUGUUUUUAUCUCUAGCUGUUUUUUUAUUUUUUACCAGCUUUCUAUUUCUGUGAUUUUUAGGAAUAGGAAACAUGCAUCUGUAAAUAUUGCAUUGGCAGCAUACACUUGUUACUUAUUCUAUUCAGUCUAGUACUGUAGCAUGUUCACUGUACUGUAUAAUAACUUUACCUGAAUGCUGACUCGAGAUAGACUGAACUGUUAAUAAGAGCACACCUUUUUUCCUCACAGGGAAGUUUAGAAAAGCGGUAAGCAAAAAGCCUAAAGUAUUUUACUAAAUGUUCCCAUAAAUGUGACUUUUUACUGAACAUUUUAGUUAAACUGCUGCUUUUUUACAGCACAGGUAAAUGCAUUCUGUAUAUUAACAGAGGUUUUCUUUACAAAAGUACUGAUUUAAAAUUUCUCUUUUGUUGUCUCAAGUCAUUGUUUGCUUUGUAUAUAUUUGCUGGCUUUUUUUUUUUUACUCUGAUAAUUUGAUUAAAAGAAAAACAUGAAUGCAAAUA